AUGCUCUUCCUCUAAUUCUCUUCCACCUAAGUCAACAUCAUCCUUUUUCAUCUCCAAAAGUUGUCCCUUUUCAGUUUUAUUAUUAUCAUUCAAAGUUUUUUAAAAAGUUGACAGUUCAUUUCCAAGUUUUAUUUCUGAAACUCAAGAGCUGGUUCUCUGUUUUGGUCGCAUGGUUUUUGAUCAGAAACAUAACUCUUUACUCCCAACAUAAUAAAUUGUCCCACGUCAGCUUUUCAUAUUCAAGAAAGCUUGAUCAGAGUUUUAAAUCAUCAUCCAGUGAUUUACAUAGGAAAAAGAAAAUGGAACGUGGUGGGUUUUAUCCAGAUUGGAAGGAUACUUCUUCUUCCUUGUUUGGAUCAGAGAACAUGGAGGAAGAGCUGGAAGAAGCUGAAGAGCUUUUCUCAUCCAUUCCACAGCCUCAGACACCAAAAGAGCCUAUGGAGUUUCUCUCAAGAUCCUGGAGUCUCUCUACCUCUGAAAUCGCCAAAGCACUUGCCCUCAAACAUAGACAACAACAAGAACAGCUUUGCGUUGCACAAAACAACACUCCUGUUCUGUUCCCUGAUGCUGCUGCUGCACAUCCACUCAUGACUGGGAAGAUUAUGAACUCGUUUGGCACACGUAGAGCAGGGACGUUAUCCAAAUGGUUUCACCACCACAGGGAACACAGCAGCAGCAGCAACACCACCAACUAUCUCAAGAAGAAAGACAAGGCGCGUGUUGAGAACGCACACGUGCAUUCUGCAGUAUCUAUAGCGGCUCUGGCUGCAGGUGUAGCCUCUGUGACUUCUGUAAGCAAUUGCAAAGGGUCAAGCUCCAAGAUGGCUCUGGCUUUGGGCUCAGCCACAGAACUGCUGGCCUCACAUUGUGUUGAGAUGGCUGAGAGAGCCGGUGCUGACCGUGCACGUGUUGCUUCCACGGUUAGGUCAUCUGUUGACAUCCACAGCCCUGGUGAUCUCAUGACUCUUACAGCCGCUGCUGCAACGGCUUUGAGAGGAGAAGCGGCUCUGAAGGCGAGACAGCCAAAGGAAGCAAGGAAAAACGCAGCUAUUACACCUUUCGAGAGAAGCUUCUCUGACUCUCAUUGGCCUGCAAACUUUCAGUUUAGACUGGAAGAACCAAAUCUUCCACUUGAAGGAGAACUGUUGCAAUGUGCGCGAAAUGGAGUGCAGAGAACUAAGCGUGUCUGCGUCUAUAUCAACAAGAAGUCUCAGGUUAUAAUCAAACUCAAAAGCAAACAUGUUGGAGGUGCAUUCUCAAAGAAGAUCAAAUGCAUUGUCUAUGGAGUCUGCGAUGAGAAAUCAGCUUGGCCUUACAGGAAAGAGAGGGAAAACUCAGAGGAAGUCUACUUUGGUCUGAAAACAGGACAGGGCCUUUUGGAGUUCAAGUGCAAGAACAAGGUUCACAAGCAGAGAUGGGUUGAUGGGGCACAGUCUCUUCUCCGCCAAGUAAACUGCUUUGAGGCUGCCAAGUGCUCGCUGGGAUCUCUAAGUCUCACCAAUCACAGAUGAUGCAGGAUCCUGUAUAUAUCUUAUUAUAUAUAUAUCCACAUUUUUGCUGUUGUGAUGUAUUUGCAAAAAAACUGGCAAUGUACAAUGUCAGUCUGUAACCUCAAGACUUUUGGAUAAAGGUUAAAGCACAACAUGUUGUUCA